UAAACUACUCUCUCUCUCUCUCUCUCUCUAAACCUAACACAUAUUCUCUUUUUUUCCCUCUAACUAAAUCUUCGGAGAGUAUCCUGGGAUACCGCCCAUGGACCCUUGUUUCGCAGUGUUGUGACCCCUAUGGACACUUUGUAAAUAUUGGGGGUCCUUUUGUAUUUUGUCUUUCUCCAUGUAACGUGUAGAGGAAUUAGGUUUUUUUAUUUUGUGUAUAUAGGGGCAAGUCUCCGCAGUCGUUAAUGGUUGUGGGUUCUGAGUCCCACAUAAUGUUUCCGUCACAUUUUCUCCUCCAUCCGUCGGACAGCCCGAGUAACCUAUUUUUUGGUGAGUUGCUUUCAUAUUUGAAUUAUGGGGAGUGGGUCAUGGAUAUCACCGACUCGCUCAUCGCAAAGAAUAAGAUGUGUUUCGUUGAUUGGAGUUUGCGUCCCGCGACUACUCCGACCCAGAAAGAGGCUUUACUUCGCUGUAACGCCAUGGUCAAAGGGUGGUUGAAGAACUCGAUGAACAAGGAGGUUUGUAGUAGUGUCCGUAUGGCGUAGACAGCUCGCGAGAUUUGAGUUGAUCUUCAAUCCCGUUUUGCCCAAGGUAGUGUCAUGCGCAUGUAUGAACUCAAGCGUACCAUCAUUAGUUCAUAGCAAGAGAAGGCCUUGGUCUUCGUUUUCUUACACCAAGUAAUACUCCCCUGGGGGGUGUAUGUUAUCAAAGUGACGCAGCUAACGAUUCAAUCGAAGAAUCGAUCGAACUCGAAUCAAGAACGAAACGUUCUAAAUGGGAUAAAACGGAACCAAAAGGACGAUUCCACACCUGUGGAAUGCUCGAUUGGAUUAAAAGGUAGAUGUUCGACCACGAUUGAAGAGGCUAUUCAAUCGAUACAAGAGCUCCCAAACUUGGAAUCCACCAAACUCAAACAAGUUCGCAAACUUGCGCCAAAACCAAAGUUUCUAUUCAAUUCAACAAGUCUGCAUUUUACAACGAAAUAGAAAGCCUAAACAGGCCUAGUCUAUCAAACUAAUAAGGAAGUCUAAUUACACUACAAAUCAAAAAGGAAUCAUAAACUACCUAAAACAAUGAAUCUGAAUUGAACAAGGAAAAACUAAUGUUGUUCUUACAAAGCAGAAUUUUGUGACUUCAUACUAACUUUGGGCCUUUUGUUCGAAGUCUUUCAGGUAUCCAAUCGUUCAUCCAAUGCCUUGCCUUUGUAGACAAACAUACCUACUUUCAUGUGGUAGAACCCUCUGGACUCGAAUAUCAUCCAUGCUCCUCGAAUUGAGCUCCAAAGUAGGCUUCAUGAAUACGUUUCCAUACUUAACAAUUCUCUGGCACUUUCCCUUGAGCUUCAACGCAUACCAAUGUGUAGAUGGACACUCCAACUUCAAUACAAGCUCUUAAAAUUGAAUUUUCACCGAGGCAGUUAAGAGAACCGAGCCUCCAAAGUUGGCUACCUGAAACAGUUAAAACACUUACCCAAAAAUUAGUGUUCUUCAAGCAGCUUGAGCUUGCUUAUUCCUCAAGUAAUUCCAACUUGUAGAGUUGCCUAUUUGGGAUCAUAUCACCUAGUUACGAGGUUUGUGGGAUGAAAUUCAGUCACUUACACCCUUUUUAUCGUGCACUUGCUCCGGUUAUACUUGUGAUGUCAAGAGACGUCAAAGAAUAGUGAGGGAAGGCGAGCGCUUGUUUGAUCUCUUAAUGGGGCCCGCUCGAUAAUGCUUUUGCUACUAUUAAGUCCCAGAUUUUGGCGAUGAAACCAACCCCUAUGCUUGCUGAAGCGUACCAUCUGGUAACAAAUGACGAACAACAACGGUUGAUUGCUUCUAGUCGUCGCCCUCGACCCGAAGCCGCUGGGUUCCAGGCACAUGGUGAGAAGAAGAUGGAGCGUGCCUCCUUGUUGGUGGAUCAUGAUCGUAAUAAGGAGCACGAUGCAGAUGGUAACCCGAGAUGCUCUCACUGCAAACAUACUGAGUAUGUUAAGGAGACUUGUUAUCGUCUUAUCAGUUUCCCUCCCAUGAACAACGAGAAGGAGGAGCCAUUUGUUCACGACUUGAUCGUGGAGCUCGUUUGUCUCCAUAGGUUGCGCAAGUAGAUGCUGCUAAUAGCCCUCUACCCGACCUCUCCGUUCGCCAGUUCAAGCAACUAAAGGCCCUACUCAACGGGGAUUCAUGGUUCGACUGAACCAUCCUCCAACAUGGCAACUAGUUUUUCUAUUGACUUAGCCUCGUGGGCUAUUGAUUCUGGGUGCAAUGAGCACAUCGUUAAUCGUGACUCUAUAUUGGAUUCUAAAUUGGACUCGAGUUCGGCUCUACAGGUUAAAAUACCCAACAAUAUAGGUAUUCAGGUUCG